AUGACCCAGAACAAGAUCUCCAUCAUGGGCAUUACAGACAUCAGGAAAAAAGGGACAGGCACAAAAGAGAUCCACUCUAACUUUGUCCUCAUUUGGAAUGGGGAUUUCAUUUCUGAAAGACUCAUCAAAAUCAGCAUUAGAGAGGGCAAAAAGACCACAGACUACAUCCAGGUGUAUGCACCGUGCAACGACUCCUACUCAGACGAAGAAAAGGACUCUUUCUUCGAACAACUCUCGGACUUAAUUAGCAACAUCCCAGACGAGGAAGACCUUUAUGUAAUGGGAGACUUCAACGGAAGAGUCGGAGAGAGAAGAACACCGUGGACAAAACACCUGGGUCCACACAGUGACCACAGAACACCAUGCAAUUAUAACGGCAACCAUGUACUGGAACUGUGUGCAGAGCACGACUUAUUCAUCACCAACACCUUCUUCCAGCACAGAGCCUCUCAGAUCUACACCUGGUACAGAUGGAACAACAUCAUGGUCUCAUCACAGAUCGACUUCAUAUUAACGAGAACACGAAUGCGGAUCACAAUCACAGACUCAAGAGCCAUCCAUAAUGCAGGCCUGGACACAGACCACAGGCCAAUCAUCACAACGUUGACCACCAAGAAAGAAAGAAAACCAAAAAACAUAAAAGACAGCAAGAGAGACUAA